CAUGCUAUUGGAGCGUAACAGGAUGUCCGGUUUCCCCGGAAGUGCUAUAUUUGGCUUAGUCUUAAGAUAUGGCCGCUUACAUUGUGUUGCUACCAAACCUGCUCGCUUAGCAAAUAAGACUUUAUGGAUGUAUUAUAAGACGACCAAUAAUCGCUUGCCAGAACAUAUUGAUGUGUCCAGUUUUGCAGCGAACCUCUGACGGCGCGUAACCGCUUGGAGAUACAGAUGAAGCCGGAGUUUUAACAGCCUGCAGCCGGCUAGCGCGUUAGCCAUCUACCAACCCUGCGCUGCCUGAAGACCCUGCCUGCAGUAAUCCUCCUAACAGCCUCUUAACCACCGCCACACGUACGGGCAUACGGUACCUCACCAAAGUUUACGUUGCUCUGCUGCUAACCCAACCCAAACCUAGUGUCUCUGGUCCCCCGGAGCCUAGAUGCCCGAGCAAGGCCCCAGGAUGAAUGUGUUUUCUCUUGGCGAGCUCUGCUGGCUCUUCUGCUGCCCGCCUUGCCCCAGCCGCAUCGCCGCCAAGCUGGCCUUCCUGCCCCCCGAGCCCACCUACUCGGUGCACACCGACCCGCAGGGGGCCUCCAGCCUGCACCUCACAGAGCGGGCGGACUGGCAGUACUCCCAACGCGAGCUGGACGCCGUGGAGGUGUUCAACACGAGGAGUAGCCGGGGCAACAGGGUGGGAUGCAUGUUUGUGCGCUGCGCCCCCAACAGCAGGUACACGCUGCUGUUCUCCCACGGGAACGCCGUGGACCUGGGGCAGAUGUGCAGCUUCUACAUCGGCCUGGGCUCCAGGAUCAACUGCAACGUGUUCUCCUACGACUACUCGGGCUACGGGGUCAGCAGCGGUAAGCCGUCCGAGAAGAACCUCUAUGCAGACAUCGAGGCGGCGUGGCAGGUGCUGAGGAACAAGUACGGCGUGACCCCGGAGAACAUCAUCCUGUACGGGCAGAGCAUCGGCACCGUGCCCACCGUGGACCUGGCGGCUCGCUACGAGGUGGCCGCCGUCAUCCUGCACUCCCCGCUCAUGUCCGGCCUGCGGGUGGCCUUCCCCGACACGCGCAAAACCUACUGCUUCGACGCCUUCCCCAGGCAGGAGGUGCGCCGCGGGCGUAGAAUAAUUAGAGAAGAGGGAGUGAGGUGCAGCAGCUUCUAUCAGAAGUCGGAGGCGCCGAGAUGAUGGCCCCAGGUGGAAGAGACGCACACUGAGCAGGAGAGGGCCGUCGGCGUGGGGCUAUUCUUCACAAGUCAUCACGUGUUGGUGAUUACAUUGUAGUUGUGAUGAAGCCCGACGGGGAUCCCAGCCAGGCCCUCGUUUGCUCCCUAACUAUCUCGAGCUCACUCCCGCUUUCUCAGUCUAUGUGCAGUUUUUUUUUUUUUUUUUUAAUGAACCACCACUCGACUUCAAAAUGGUCAGCCCUACCAAGAACCCCACCCAGAACUUUACUUGGUUCACAAUCCCUCUCAGAAGGGCCUCGAGGCUUCAAGGGUUGGUCGAGUUUGAAAUAAAGUGGAAACGACAGCUGCAGGACAGGUUUCCUAUGAUGGGUCAACAUACAGGCUGAGAAUGUAUGUUGGGGUUCAGACCAAAGGCAAGAUUGUACUUAGCCAAUCCUUUGCUUGAAUUUAGCCUAAAGUACAGAAGGAAUGAAGGGCUUGACGAUAAAUCAAUAUUAAGAUCUAUUGAGAUAAUAUCUGACACGAUAACUGUGAUACCUUUUUAUAUAUAGGCUACGUCAGUGCGGGAUGACUAGCGAUGCCUCACAAACAAGCUUAGAAAUCCCGAUAUGGUAAUUCCAGUUCUCAGAGUGCCGCUGUUGCACCGUAUUCGGUUACCCAUCGUAAAGUGCAGAAAAUCUCUAACGGCGCCCUCUGGGUUCACAUUUCAUGUACAGCCCAGCCCUACUGCUAGUAAAACUUCCGAAGUUUACAAAUGAGUCAGCUUUUUCAGCUAUUGCCCGCUUACAAAUAUAAAUUGAAGUAAAAAAAAAAAAAAAAGAACCAGUGCAAUUGAGAACUGUAUCGCUAAUGACAUGAUGCCCAUAAGCACAGUGGAAAUCAGGGCUUCAAGCAGCUAAUGAGUGUCAUGGAUGCCAAGUACACGCUGCCUGAGCAAAGAUAUUCUUCUCGGACAUCACUCCCUCAGCUCUACUCUCUCUUACAUAUUUAUUAUAUUAAAUGGUGGUUCAGUAUACUACUUCUAGAAUGUUUGAAACAAGCUAUUUGAUGUGAUGUGAAUCACAGCAGUUGUUUACUUUAUUUUAUUUAUUCAGUUUAAUAUAACGCCACUGGUUCUGAUAAUAAGUAAUUGUAUAUUAUACCUAAAAGUAACCUAGUUUCUUUAGGGUUCUGACCUACGAAUACUCUUAAAACUGUAAUUUAAGCAAUAUUAUUAAACAUGUAUUGUGAUAAUUUGUAUCGAUCAAUAUAAGAAAAACUUCUUGGGAUAUAAUUCUGGCCAUGUCGUCUAGCCCUGGGAACAUUUUAUUAUUCCUUGUUAUUUUGACACAAAUUAUUAUCAAAAUAUAAAGCAACUGACGUCCAAAAGAUAAAAAGGUAGUUGAAUGAAAACGUCAACAAAAUUGUGGAUAAAAACCAAGCAAAUAUGCAAAAACCCAAUUAUAGUCGUCAUGCUGUUUUUGAAAUUGCCGUUACGUGCAGUGAAGACCUCCCAUCUCGGAUGUGGCAGAUAAAGAAUCUGCAAAAUGUUUGAAAUAAACACGAUUAUUUCCAUGUCUGACACUAUUUGUUUUUGAUUGCUAUUUAAAACAAAAUUGAGGACCCUCUCAAACCUAAUGGCAUAUUUAAAAUCCUUGCGUGUGGUCUGAAACUAAGUGGAUCUGCUGAAGGUGAGGACUCGGAUACACGACGGCACCACAAGCUGUAUGCUUUGGUGUUUGUACUUUUCAUGAUUGGCUCCAGAGUCAUGGAAGAGGUGCGAGCCUCCAGAAUCACGACCAUUCAUCCACUGGUAGUUUAACGCCCGUCACACCUGGGCGUCCCAGGCCUUUUAGCAGCUCUCAGGAUCACAGCUGCUGGGGUGGCUUAUCAUCGUCAUCCCGGGCUUAGGGAGGAAAUAUCACGCCACCCUAGCCACUCGUCUGGGUGUGAGUGAAUUGUGAAAGAACAGGCAGUGUUAAUUUUUAAUGAGUCGCCUGCCUCCGUAGGAUAUCCCAUCCUGCACUAUGGCGUGGACUGGAAUAUUAAUUGAUCGUGCAAAAGGUGUGGGAAUUGGCCGCAAAGGUGAGGGAAGAUGGUGGCUGUAUGGCAGUGGUUUGUGCAGCCCCGCAGGAUGGAAGUUACCAGUGCCUCCACAAAGUGUGUGUGAAAGUGCAUUCAUGAGCCUCAUAGUUAGUCGCAGUUGGUUGUCUGCUGAAGUUAU